CCCUGCCGUUUUUUAGAGGAGCCUGAACCGGGACAAAACACGCCGAGACCGACAGACACAAAGCCGGGGGGUCCACGCUGGCGCUGGAGGCGAGCCCCGGCGGCCGCGAGCGAGCCCGAGGCGCCGCGGGACGCGGGGCGCGGGGGCGCUAGCGGGCUGGGCGCGGGCAGCGCCCCCGAGCCGGGGCCGGGCACCUCGGCCGCUCGGGCCGCCGCGGCGGGGACCAUGCCGAGGAAAGUCUCCUGAGCCCGGCAACUUCGGCCCCUCCCCGCCCCCACCCGGGCUGCCCUCCGCGCGGCCCUGCCCAUGUGCAGCCGGCCGGCCGGGCUCUCCUCCUUGCAGGCGGAUGGGUGACCUUUUCCUGGCACGGGCAGACUGUGCGAGGCGGCGGAGCAGGCGAUGAAGAAGAAGCAGCAGCAUCCCGGCGGCGGCGCAGAUCCCUGGCCCCAUGGGGCCCCUCUGGGGGGCGCCGCUCCUGGCCUGGACAGCUGGAAGCGCCGGGUCUCCCAGCUGCCUUUCCUGCGCUUCUCCCUCCGGGACUACGGUUUCUGCAUGGCCACACUGCUGGUCUUCUGCCUGGGCUCCCUCUUCUAUCAGCUCAGCGGGGGACCUCCUCGCUUCCUGCUUGACCUGCGACAGUAUUUGGGAAAUUCCACUUACUUGGAUGACCAUGGACCACCUCCUAGCAAGGUGCUGCCCUUCCCGAGCCAGGUGGUGUACAACAGAGUGGGCAAGUGUGGGAGUCGUACUGUGGUCUUGCUUCUGAGAAUCUUGUCAGAGAAGCACGGAUUUAAUUUGGUCACGUCAGAUAUUCACAACAAAACCAGGCUCACUAAAAAUGAACAAAUGGAACUGAUUAAAAAUAUAAGUACUGCCGAACAGCCCUAUUUAUUUACUCGACAUGUUCAUUUCCUCAACUUCUCAAGGUUUGGAGGAGACCAGCCUGUCUACAUCAACAUCAUCAGAGACCCCGUCAACCGCUUUUUAUCGAACUACUUCUUCCGGCGAUUUGGAGACUGGAGAGGGGAACAGAAUCACAUGAUCCGCACGCCCAGCAUGCGGCAGGAGGAGCGCUACCUGGACAUCAACGAGUGCAUUCUUGAAAACUACCCCGAGUGUUCCAACCCCAGGUUAUUUUACAUCAUUCCGUAUUUUUGUGGACAGCAUCCCCGAUGCAGGGAACCUGGUGAGUGGGCCCUUGAAAGAGCAAAGCUGAACGUCAAUGAAAACUUCCUGCUCGUGGGGAUUCUUGAAGAGUUGGAAGAUGUGCUGCUUUUACUGGAAAGAUUUUUACCUCAUUACUUCAAGGGCGUGCUCAGUAUCUACAAAGACCCAGAGCAUAGGAAACUUGGAAACAUGACUGUGACCGUGAGGAAAACUGUCCCCUCCCCAGAGGCCGUGCAGAUUCUCUACCAGCGAAUGAGGUACGAGUACGAGUUCUACCACUACGUCAAAGAGCAGUUCCACCUGCUGAAGCGCAAGUUCGGACUGAAGUCGCAUGUCAGCCAGCCCCCUCUGAGACCCCAGUUCUUCAUUCCAACUCCCCUGGAGACCGAGGAGCCCAUUGGUGAUGAGGAACAGGAUGACGAGAAGUGGCUUGAAGAUAUUUAUAAGAGGUGAUGGUGCCAGCCCUGUGUUGCUUCCAAUGGCUUUUUCUCCCUUUUUCGAGAAAGGUGUUUUUGUUUUUUUGUUUGGGGAAGAAAAAUCCUGAAGGGACUAAAUUAAUGCUCGGCUGCAUUAAAAAGAACAAGACAUUCCCACAGGUUGGGGUCAUUGGGAGAUGCCCGGUUUUGCGGGUUUUAUUUGUUUAACUUUAUUUUGUGUUUUUCCUGGCUCCUUGGGUCCUUCCCAGGUACACUAAGAUGACUCCGUCACAAGGCAUCUCAUCAUAAAAUAGCUUCCCCCUCCCUAAUAUAAUGAGAGAAAGGGGGAGGGGGAAUAUAGUCCAUUGCCCAAUAACUUAUCAUUUGUAAAAAUGACUUGUAAAAAAUAUUACCUCAGUGGUAGGAAACAUCUAGACUUGUAUAUUUUGGUAAAAAUAGAAAACCACUUCAGAGACCAGGGAACCCAUUCCAAAAGGAUCUAAGAGGAGAAGGUAAGACAUAUAAAGACAUCAAAAGAGAGGACGUCCCUGGAUUAGUGGUCCCUACCCAUCCAGGUAGAACCCUGCCUCCGGUCCGUCCCAAGGGACACUUUUGCCAAGAGCAGCAUGUUUGUUAUCUCUGAAGGAGCAAGUCAGCUUGUGCCACAGUCACGGUCCCAACCAGCCCAGAGCCCUGAGUACCUUUCAAGGUCAAAAUACAUGGCAAGCUCUGCUGAGAUACUCCUUGUCCCAGCACCAUUCUGACCAAUUUCAAAGUAGCAUGGCAGGAAAAAGAAUUGAUUUACUGCAGGACGAAGAGUAUAGGCAAAACUGAUCCACUCUCGAGGUCAUGUGACCUAGGAAAAUGGUAUGCUCCUGUCCUUUGCACCCAAUAUGAAGUAUUUCUCUCCUAGCAUUGUUUUAACUGGAUACCCAGGAACCAAUUUAGCUCUGACAUUUAACCUGUAGUAGAUGUGCUAAGUCCAACGAGGCAAUGCAUAACCUAUCAGGCACAUCCAUAGCCAGUGGGGUCCCACAGUACCUGGUACCCUUUACCUCCUUCUCCCUUCAGAGGUGCCUAUGGUUGGUAAAAAGGGGCACUGAGUUCUGUCAGGCAGCAGGAAAACUGUUCUCAUUUCUUACGGGAGCAGCUCACUCCUGAGAACCCCUACUAGGAUAUCAAGAAGAGAAGAAGCAAGAGCUUCUGGGUAAGAGACUGCUCGGACCGCUUUAUGAGAAGGUGUCUGCCCCCAAAUUGCUCUGAGUGUAUGUCUGGCAGUGUCAUUUCUCCAAAAUAUCUUCUCCCCAUCCUACACCCAUCAGCUGCCAUCUAUCCUUGAGGCCUGGAUUCAAUCAUUAGAAACCUAUUUCUUUGGAUUCAGAAAUAUCUUCCUCUUUAAAUGCCCCCUCCCCCACUGCAAAAUACACAUACCCCUGGGUGAAUGAUAUACAACCAUCUGGUACUUGGGCGCAGGUGGUAUUGGCAGGCAGGAUAUGUGCCACACAUUUUGUGUUCUUCAGUUUUCCUCCCCCAGAGCCAGGCUUUCAAGAGCCAAGUGUGAGUUGGGAAUACUUAAUAGUAAAUAAGACUCUUAACUUUACACAAGCUACACAUUUUCUACUUUUCAGAAACCAACAAGUCUCUCUAGAGUUUUUUCUGCGUUCACUAAAAUUGGACGGUAGCCAAGAUAUAAAG